AUGUUGAGUGUGAAGGACUACAACAUCCGUCGAGGUGUUGAGUACAGAGUCAUCGAAUCAGAUCAUCUGAAAUAUCAUGGAAAAUGCAAGGAGUUUGGCAAGGGUUGCACUUGGUUGAUUCAUGUAGCGCUCCGUGCACGCAAGGGCACUUGGGAGGUUCGGAGGUACAACGGCCCACCCACCUGCUUGGCUACGUCUAUAUCAAGUGAUCACCGUCAGCUGGAUUACCACGUUAUUUGUGCGAGGAUUCUUCCGUUGAUUAGGACAGAUGCUGCGGUUACGGUAAAGGUAUUGCAACAAGCUAUAGAAGUAGACUACGGUUUUAGGCCUAGUUACAGGAAGGUUUGGCUAGCCAAACAGAAGGCCGUGGCACAAAUAUAUGGAGAUUGGGAAGAGUCGUAUGCGGAGUUGCCACGUUGGAUGCUAGGGGUACAGUCUACCAUGCCUGGGGCAGUUACUGUUCUGAAGACCUCUCCUGUUCGUGUUGGGGGUGAGGUUGAUGAGUCCACGGUGUACUUUCAUCGACUUUUCUGGACAUUUUCACCGUGUAUCGAGGCAUUUCGGCAUUGUAAGCCCCUCGUCAGUAUUGAUGGCACCCACUUGUAUGGCAAGUAUGGAGGGACGCUGCUAAUUGCCAUAGCGCAAGAUGGAAACUCGAACAUCCUUCCCAUCGCAUUCGCCCUUGUUGAGGGAGAAAAUGCAGAGUCAUGGUCUUUCUUCUUGUCCAACCUACGAUCACAUGUAACGCCACAGGAGGGCAUCCUUGUUAUCUCUGAUAGGCAUAAUGGCAUCAAGUCAGCACUUGAGGCACCUGAGACUGGAUGGCUACCUCCACGUGCCUAUCGUGCCUACUGCAUCCGUCAUGUGGCUGCAAAUUUUGCCCUUACCUUUAAAGGUAAGGAUGCGAGGAGGAUGUUGGUCAAUGCUGCAUAUGCAAAAACUGAAGCAGAGUUUUAUUAUUGGUUUGACAUCAUGUGGUCUGAGAAUCUGGCAAUGUGUGACUGGGCCAAUCGGAUGGAAUACGAGAAGUGGACACAACACGAGGAUAGUGGUAGACGGUUCGGGCACAUGACAACCAACAUUAGUGAAUGUGUGAAUUCCGUGUUAAAGGGAACUCGCAACCUGCCGGUGACAUCAUUGGUUAAGUCAACGUACGGGAGACUUGCAGAGCUAUUCGUUAUCCGUGGACAGACAGUGGAGGCACAACUCGGAUCUGGGCAAGAGUUUUGUCAGGCUUUGGUUAAGGCUAUGGAAAGGAACAUUAGAGAAUCAAGGUGCUUCACAGUGACGUUAUACGACAGGCAUCAAUCCGAGUACACUGUGGCUGAGACAACACCGACUGGGAACUUUUCUCUGGGUAGCUACAGAGUUUCCCUUAAGGACCAAACCUGCGAUUGUGGCCACUUUCAGGCGCUCCACUAUCCCUGUUGCCACGCUAUAGCUUGUUGUGCCUACUCGCGCCUUAAUUGCGCGGCCUAUGUUCACGAGGUCUAUCGUAUGAUUGAGGUGUUCGAGGUAUACAAGCAGGGUUUUGUUCCGCUUAUCCCAGAAGGGCUAUGGCCCCCCUAUGCUGGUCCAACCGUCAUUUCCGAUCCUAACAUGAGGCGUGCAAAGGAAGGUCGUCCGAAGGAAACCAGGAUCCGUGGUAGUAUGGAUUGGACUGCCGAUAACCUGCCGAAGCGAUGUGGACUAUGCCGUCAGCCUGGGCAUACGAGGCGGAGCUGUGAACAGCGACUGCAUCAUGCUGGAGGGGGUUCUUAG